CAUCAAUGCAGUAUCCUUAUGCCAAAGAUGUAUCAGGUUUGCAGUCUUCAGCUAAGAGCCAAGUGGUAUCUUGAUUAUGUCUGAAGUUCAUGGUCCACUAUCUGUUGUCAUGCAGAUAUUUGGAGGAUUACUGACCCAUAGGAGGGAUGUGAUUCAUAGUAGCUUCCCUCAUAGAUUUGGCAGCCAGGAGUUGCAUCUGGCAACUGCAUUUGAUGUUGCAGAAUUCAGCUGGAAGGUAUGAAAAAAAAGAUGCAGGUAUUAAAAUGGUAUGGAAUGGACAAACUGUUUUCACUAGUUUGGGAACUCAAGUUUUAUUUUUGAUCUUGCAUCUUAUAGUGCUCCAGCAUAUUCUGAUUCUUUCAAAAUCGAACUUGGUGGAGUAAUGUUGGAAAGACAGCUGUUCUGGAAAAGGAAGAUAGUAGGCUUUUAGAAUGGAUGAGGUUAGAAUGCUAUAAUCGGACUUGUGAUGUAUGCUAUGAAUGGUAAGAAGAUGCUCUUAGUUUUCCCGCAAGAUGGAUGCUCUGAGUUGAAUCGGUAUUAAGUAAUGAAUUUGCAAAUAGAGAACUAUAGGAAUCCAUCCAAUUCUCGUUCUACAACAAGAAGAUCCAUGAACUGGAACGGAUGGAAGAUAGCACUAGGCAUCCUUGUAAGUUGCAACUACUGCUGUCAGCUUCAGGCUUUAAACCCUAUUCAUGAACCACCUGCGUUAUAAUAUGUCCUUUCUGGUAACUUGGGUUUGCUGAGGAAAUAUGCACGAGGUAAGCUGGGGUGCUCAUAUUCUACCAUUUUUAAAGAUUUCCAACGGCGGCACUGGCUUACCCCCUGUGUCCAUAGCUUGUCUUGAUGCUUUUUAGAUGAUGAAUUGUUGAUGCCCUUUUUAAAGUUUCGUAGCUAAUCUUGAUGGUCUUUUGGCCUUGAAAAAUCUUGAUGGCUUUUACUCCCUUUGUUACGCAAACAAAAAAUGACGUUUCAAUAUCAAUCCUUUGGAUAAUAUAGAGACAAAGUUGUGCAUUGGUGUUUUCUUUUUCUUUUUCUUUUUUUUUUUUGCUUGGAGGGUUUUAUUACCAUCCGUCUCAGAAACAAGCAAGCCAAAGUAACUGCAUAGAGGAGUAAAUGUGAAAACAAUACCUAGAUAAUCUAGAACGUCAAUAGUAGUUAGUUUGACGCAUGGAAGUGUUUCCUCUACACUGCAUAGGGAGUCAUCUCACUGACGCGUGGACCCAACUGCCGUCGGCCCACCCGUCAGUGGGGGAGUCCCCUGCAGUUUCUCUCUCCCCCAUGUUGGCCAGUCCCACCCUUCGCCUCGUCUGAGAGAGACUCCAAAAUCCGAAGCCCCUGCACCCGUUUCCCCACCCACCGCCCCAAAAUUUGAAAUUCUUUUCGCUUCCCUCUUCGCCGGCCUCCGACCCCCGAGCUCCCGCGAUGGCGGAUCCGCCGCCUGUGCUCACGCUCCUCGUGCAGAAGGGCCCCUGCAAGGGGGAGACCCGGCGGGGCCGUGCCGGCGCGGCGCUCCGUGUCGGCCGCGUCGCCAAGGGCAACCACCUCGCCGUGCGCGACGCCGGCGCUUCGCAGAGCCACCUCUCCGUCGAGUUCCUCGCGCCGCCCGCGGCACGGUGGGCCGUCACCGACCUCGAGUCCUCCAACGGCACCCUCCUCAACGGGGUGCCCCUCGUGCCCACUGUCCCCGCCCCGCUCUCCGACGGGGACCUCAUCAAGAUCGGGGAGAGCACCGUGCUGUCCGUCUCCAUCUCGGCCGAUGAGGGCCUGCGACCACCCCUCGCGGCCACUAGGCGGUCCGCGCGCAACGCAGCGGCGGCGGCGGUGGAGGAGGAACAGGGUCCCGCGGUGACGCGCAGGGCCGGACGGAAGAAGGCUGCUGCGGCGGAGGCUCCCGAAGCAGAGAAGGAAGAAGCUCCAGUUCCGACACGCCGCGGCGGGCGUAAGAAGGCCACGGAGCCCCCUGAUUCAGAGAAGGAAGUGAAGGAGGAAGCUCCAGUUCCGACGCGCCGAGGUGGGCGGAGGAAGGCAGCGGAGACCCCUCAAGUGGAGACGGAAGAGGAAGAGGAGGAAGCGGCAGUGCCGCGCCGUGGCCGGCCGAGGAAGGCUGCAGCGACGGCUGCCCUUCCGCCACAGCCGCAAAGUACGAGGUCAACGAGAGCUGCUGCUAGGAGAGGUGAUGCAGUGGGGAGUGGAAACGAUGAGGGGAAGGUGGAGUGGACCGGACGGGUUACAAGGGCAAGUGUAAGGAAGGCCACGCAUGCUGUUCCUGAGGAGGACGAAGAGGGAGAGGUGCCUGUGAACAGGGAUCAGGUAGGGAAUCCUCCAAGGGCGACAGGUCCCAAGGGUGGUGAAGAGAAGGAUACGGUAGAAACCAGAGAUGGAACUUCAAAUACAUCAGAGGAGGUGCUGGCGGCUGGGAGAGGUCGCACAGAGAGUAACAGAGGAGGCAGAAGAAAGGCUACGAGGGCAACCACAAGGAAGGCUGAUGAUGCUAUGAUUGAGGAGGAUGCUGAAAAGGAGCAAGAGGAAAGUGAUAUGACUGAUGUAAGAGAAUGCAGGGGCAGUCCACGGAGGGUGAUGGCACCGAAUGAUGGUGGUGAGGAGGGUAAGGUGCCAACUGGGGACAGCAAGUUGGAUAGAACCUCAAAGGCAUCCAUGGAGGAUGAGAAGAUGGUGGAUGUGGAGGAGGAUGCGCCAUUGGCUCCGAAAGGGCAGACAGGGACGGCAAUACAGGGGAGGGUCAAUGCUCAGCGUGCUACUGCCAACAACGAUGCCAUGGAGGAAAGGGAGGGGAAGAAUUCAAGCAGGGGAGAGGAAAAUGAAGUUGAUCGCGAGUUGAGGGAAAGAAUGUUGCCGGGAUCAAAGCUGGAUGGUGUUGGAGAAGAGGAAGAGAAUGACAAGAGGGAAGCUAUUGGUGGCAGUGGGGAGGAAGGGCUUGUGGAGGAGAGGACUGGGAUAAGCAGCUUAGAGAAUAUGACAUUGGGGGAGUGGUUUGUUCGGAUCGAGAGAUACCUUCUAGCAAAGAACGAGGAGGCUGCUGAAAAAGCGAUAGCUGAAGUUCGAGAGAAACAUCAGUGUUUCUGCGAGCAUCUUAAAACGCUCGAGAAGAGUUCUGAUCCUUCUUAAGAUCCAUGGUACGUUCAGCAGAAUCAAGCAAUUUUGCUAUACUGCAGUUAAAAUGUUUUCGUGAGGAACCUAGAAAAUUUGUGACUAAAUCUUUUAGGGUUUUGCCCUAUAGUGAAUGCUGAUUCUAAUUAGAUACAUUCAUUUAUUGCCUAUUCAAUUCUUGGGCCAUUUUCUACCAAAUGACUUGUUUACGAGUGCCACUUGGUAAUUUUGAUUCUUCUCAUAUGUAAAGAGAACUGUGCCGUAGUAUAGGCAAAGUGAAAAGCGGAUUCUGCUUAUUCAGUUCAUUCCUAGAAUCUACUUACUGAUGUAUUGCUGCAAAAUCAUGUUGUUUGGCACAUAUUCUCGUUAAAUCUGUGAAAAGAGCUGAGAUACUUUUUGAAAGACAAAAGGAGCUGAGAUAUAAGCUGUGUGAAACAAGGCCAUAAUUCUCCAGGGACUUCUUUUGUCCAUGUUUACCUUUUGUUUUUCUUGUUGUAACUUAUACUAACACUAUGCAUUUGCAUUGCUGACAAAUUUCUUGGGCCUGUGCGCUGUGGUUUCA